AUGGAGAUGCUGGAAGGAAGGAAAGGGAUACCAUCUUUGCUCUCCUCCCAGGGGGAGUGCAUUGCAGCCAACAUCACACAGCUUAUCGGUUGGACGCCGCUGAUAGAAAUGAAAAAUAUUGCCAAGAAGGAUGGCAUAAAUGCUCGGCUGAUUGGGAAGAUUGAGCCGUACCAGCCCCUUUCCUCUGUCAAGGAUCGAAGUGCUCUCAGGUUGAUUGAAGAUGCAGAGGAGAAAAGCCUGAUCUCACCUGGAAUAACAACACUAGUGGCGGUCACGAGUGGUAAUCUCGGUAUUGGUGUGGCAUUUGUUGCUGUUCAGAAAGGCUAUAAGUUCAUUGCUGUCAUGCCAGCAAAAAUCGCAAUAGAUAAGCAGAUACUGUUGAGAUACCUUGGAGUUGAAGUGAUAUUAGUUGAUCCUGCAAUUAAUGGAUUCAAGGGGUUACUUGAUAGAGUAGAACAGCUGAAGAAUGAAAUUGAAAAUGUUUAUGUUAUAGACCAGUUCACUAAUCCUGCGAAUCCUGAUGCACAUUUCAGAUGGACUGGACCUGAGAUUUGGAAAGAUACAGAAGGCAAAGUGGACAUAUUUGUUGCUGCGUCUGGUUCAGGGGGCACCUUAACAGGAACAGGGAGGUAUCUGAAGAUAAAGAAUCCAUCUGUAAAGCUAAUCUGUGUUGAACCGGCUGAAAGUGCGGUAAUUUCAGGUGGUGCGCCAGCAUAUCAUAAAAUUCAAGGGAUAGGGCCUGGUUUUGUCCCAGAAAUACUAGACAAAUCACAAAUAGAUGAAAUCGUAACAGUAACUGACCAAGAAGCCAUGGACAUGGCAAGAAGGUUGGCAAGGGAAGAAGGAUUGCUCGUUGGCAUAUCUUCAGGGGCAAAUGCAGCCGCCUGCUUAAAGGUUGCGGCAAGAGAGGAGAACAAGGGCAAGAUGAUUGUGACGAUGUUUUCCAGUGGCGAGGAGAGGUAUCUGAACUCAGAACUCUUCGCUCAGGUGAAAGAAGAAUGUGUGAACAUGAACAUGGCCUUCUGAAUGUCCAGCUUUAGGCAAUGGUAGCAUACGUCCGACCCCGAAGUGCAAUGUUGUCCUGCUGUCUACUUUUCUAGAUUUAGUGUUAAUCGUAGCCUGACUCAGUGGCUCAUAAGUUGU